AUGGCGAGAAGGAAAUCGGGAUUCUUCAAGCACACCACCCUCAGAGUGCGGGAUGACUCUGUCACAAAGGCGUCAGAGCUCUCAGUUCGACAAUCCAUCUUGCCCAUCAUUCUGGUCACAACGCUUUAUUUCCUCUGGGGUUUCGCCUAUGGCCUCCUCGACACCCUGAAUAAACACUUCCAAGGCGUGCUCGGCAUCUCUCGUGCCCGUUCGUCUGGUCUACAAGCAGCCUAUUUUGGCGCCUAUCCAUUGGCAUCCUUGGGCUAUGCCAACUGGAUCCUACGCCACUUCGGAUACAAAGCCGUGUUCAUGUUCGGUCUGACUCUGUACGGCAUCGGGGGACUCCUCAUGUGGCCUGCCGGCCUCAAGAGAUCCUUUGGCGGGUUCUGUGGAGCCACCUUCAUUAUUGGAUCCGGUCUGGGCAGUCUCGAAACGGCAGCGAACCCUUUCAUCGCGGUGUGCGGACCACCCAAGUAUUCAGAGUUGCGCAUCAAUCUGGCACAGUCGUUCAAUGCCGUAGGAACGGUGGUCGGACCCGUUCUGGGCAGCUACGCUUUCUUCAAGAACACCGGCGAUAGCCUGCAGAGCUUGAAGAACGUGCAGUGGGUGUACCUUGCCAUUGCCAUAUUCGUCUUUAUCCUCGCGUUCGUGUUUUACGUCUCCCCGAUCCCAGAGGUCACAGAUGCGGAUAUGGAACAUCAGGUCACCGUCACCCACGACGGGCUGGAGGAGAGAAACAAGAAGCCCUUCUGGAAGCAAUAUACCGUCUUUCACGCGGCAUUCUCUCAGUUCUGCUACGUCGGGUCGCAGGUGGCUUUGGCAGGCUAUGCUAUCAACUACUUCACCGAGAUCGCGCCCAUCUCCAACUCGACGGGCGCGGCCCUCCUCGCCGGUGCGCAGGGGUGUUUCGCCAUGGGCCGAUUCACGGGGUCGCUGCUGAUGCGCUUCAUCCGCCCACGCUACAUCUUCCUGCUCUACCUGACGUCGGUGAUCGCCUUCUGCUCCGCAGCCAUCACGCAGCGCCGCAACACCGGCAUCGCCAUGUUCAUGCUGACCCUGUUCUUUGAGUCCGUGUGCUUCCCGACCAUCGUGGCCCUGGGCAUCCGCGGCCAGGGCAGACACACCAAGCGCGCGGCGGGCUGGAUUGUUGGCGGCGUGUGCGGCGGCGCCUGCGUUCCGCCCCUCCUGGGCGCCACUGCGGACUGGCACAACAGCACACCCUUCGCGCUCGUGGUGCCUGUGUGCUUCUUCAUCGCGAGCUGGACGUACGCCCUAUGCGUCAACUUUGUGCCAUAUUACCGCAUCCCCGCGGACGCGAUCGGCGAUUCGGACGUCGGAUUGGACCACGGCGGCAACGGCGACGGCGAGAGUGGUGGUGGUGGCGGUGUGCCGGUAGAGGGCGACGGCGAUGUGGAAAAAGCCGGCGCCGUGCAGAUUGAGCGUGCCGGCAAAGAGGAAGAGGGGGUGGAGAGAGUGUUUGAGAAAGAGUGA